AACGAGCACUUUGGUGCUGCCUGGCUGGUGCAAGUAUAAAAUUUAGUGGACUAAAUUAAUUAUGAUCACUUCUUUUAAAAAAUUGGGGGAAAAAAAAAACAAAUAAAGACUACUAUUAAAUAUGAACACGUUGGACUUGUUUGCAUCUAGAUGCAAUAGUUGAUUUAAAUAUAUUUUUAAGCGCUUUCACUUUUAGAUAGAUAUUUACUUCUCUUGGAAAAAAAAAAUUGAACUCUCAAAAUAAUAUGAAAAGAGAAAGAAAACAUUGAGAACAUGGAUACAAUAUGUAUAUAAAAUUGUUAAGAAAUUCCUUGCCAACUAGUAGACAAUUGAUACAAAAAAAAAAAGUAACGAACAGGGAAUAGAAGUUACCUUCGAUCGCCAUAAUUAUUCUUUUUAAUUGAACAAAAAAAAAAAAAAAAGAAAUGUCAUUUUGCCCCUCAAAUUCUAGAACGCUAGUUUCAGCGCUGUACUCGAGAAUUCACAAAUAUAUAUGGAAAGAAUACAAGUAUAUAUAAAUUUUUUUAAAAAAAAAGUAAAAGAAAAGAAUUUCGCCACAAAAAUGUAAACAAACUCGCAAGCAUUUGAUCAGAAUUCAGAAAAGCAAAGAAGAAGAAAAAAAAAAAGAGAAAUUUUAUUAUACUUUGCUUGAAAGCAACAAGAUUAAAAAUGCUGUUCCUGGCUAAGAAGCAUUCAUUCAAAGAUACCCUAACUUCAAUGUAAUAUAGACACAAUAAACACCCAACAUCUGUCCAUCAAAAGUGAUGAUGAUUAAUACAUUAAAAAUCCAUCAAUCAGACCCUCUCCCCAAUUCACACACACACAUAGUAUUUGGCAAUAUAUAUAAAUAAACUCCCAACCCCUAAAUGUAGGUUAAUAAGAAGUGAAUUAGAAGCCAACAAAAAAGAGACAAACAAAUUCUUCCCCCUCCCCCCAAAAAAAAAAAAGUGUGCAAAAAACAUCUCUUUAUUUUUACUAAAUUGAGUGAUAUUUUCAUCUCCUUCAUCAAAAAAUUUUCAAAACUUGACCACACUCUUUCCCCUCACUGCAAAAAUAACCAAACCAAACCAAAACAUUUCACCAUCAAUGGCGUAAAGCAAUAUCAACCCAACAAAAUAAUGGCCUUGCGUGUCCCAAACCUUCACACAACAAAUUAGCUUAUUAGCUCAUCAUCCCUCCAACUAAGAUCGGAAAAGAAUCUGUAUUAAAAAACCAAAAAAAAAAAGGGGGUAUCCUAGUAUAUUGAUUUUUAGUGAAGAGUGGGGGGGAAUACUAAUACUAUAUGAGUAAAAGGGGAAAGGAGGUUUGUAUAGAAAUAGGAAGCAAACCUGGGAAAGCCUGGAGAGCUGACGUUGGAAGGGUUGUUCGAUUGCAUCCAUGAAAUCACGUCGGCGCUGGUGUUCUGUGGUAGGAUGACUGACUCUGCUUACCGGGUUGAAACCACUUCCCGCCUUGCUCAAUGGCGGAUCGACAACUUGGCUUCCUGUACUUACCGCAAGUCCGAUCCUUUCAAGGUCGGCAAGUGGAAUUGGCAUUUAGCUGUGGAGAAAAAUAGGACACUGUUCAUAAAACUAUAUCCAGAGAUAUCAAAUUUAACCAGAGAAAACCCUCCAAUUGCUUCUUUCAUCAUUAGAAUUGUAUCUUCAGUGGGAGAUCGCAAGAUCUUGGUUCAUCCAGAAAUUACAGAUAAACAGCUUAAGAACAGCGACGACUUUGUUUGGCCUGUUGAGGUUCCAUUGACAGGAAAAUUCAUAAUUGACCUUGAGUUCCUUGAUUUGAAGGCUGCUUCACCCAACGGUGGAGAAAUUAGCUCAAUCUGGACUCAGGAACUAACACGAAAACAAUCGAAUGCGACAGCUUUAGCAUCAUUAGGACGAAUGUUGUCGGAAGGGAUUCACACCGACAUUGUAAUCAACGCUUCUGAUGGAAGCAUCGGAGCUCAUCGCGCAGUUCUUGCCGCAAGAUCCCCGGUUUUCCAGAGAAUGUUCGCACAUGACCUAAAAGAAAAAGAGAAUUCCACCAUAGACCUUCCAGACAUGUCAAUUGAAGCCUGCCAAACAUUCCUUAGUUACAUUUAUGGCAACAUUCAGACUCAAGAUUUCCUAACUCACCGGCUCGCCCUCAUCCGGGCUGCUGAUAAAUACGACAUCGCGGACUUGAAAGAAGCGUGCCACGAGAGUUUAUUGGAAGACAUUGACACCAAGAAUGUGCUCGAGAGGUUACAAAGCGCCUCGCUUUAUCAGUUGCCGAAGCUGAAGAACUGCUGUAUGAGGUACCUUGUGAAGUUUGGUAAGGUGUUUGACAUGCGAGAUGAAUUCGAUGCGUUCCUGCAAUGUGCAGAUAGGGAACUGAUUUCUGAAAUUUUUCAUGAAGUUCUUGCUGCCUGGAAAGGUUUCUGAAUGGGAGAAAAACAGAUGGUUGUUUAUUAUUAGCUUGUUUAAGCUCCCUCCAUUGAAUUUCACUAGGUUUGGAGAGAGAUUCUUUCAUUGAUUGUUUGCCAAUUGUUUGUGAAUAUGUACAGAAAUUUGAUUUCAGUUGGCUUGAUAUUGUUGGUCUUCGGGCAAUUGAUUGGAUAUGUAAUAUGAUGUUCUACAAUAGAACUAGUCAAUGAACAGAAUUUCCAUCUAUGAAAAUAUACAUAAUAAUAUUACUACUUUGUUUCCACUCAACUUGUUGAAGUUUUUUUGUACUUUUAAGCUAGUAAUGUUGCAGAAUCUACCUAUCGGGGAGGGAGAAAAAAAAAACGUAAUUUACAAUACAAAUGACAAAUCUUUAUGUUUGGGUAACACGAACAAGAAUGUGAAAAAAAGUAUUCUUUCCGUCUCAAAAUUAUUGUCCAAUUUGAUAUUUUAUUUUUAGUAUAAUUUGAAUUAAAAAUAAAAACUCAAACUGGACAAUAAUUUCGGGACGAAUGUAGUAUUAUGGCAUUUUAAAAUGUGCAGAGUUCUUUUUUGGAGAUUGAAAUAAGAUUGUUUACACAACACAAAAGAUUAUCAUUAAAUCUGCAAAUAAAAGAACACGACUUGAUUGUUAAUGACAUUUGUUGGAUGUACUAACUCUGGCCAUGGAAACCUAGAAAAAGGGGUAAUAGAUAUUUUCAAGGAAACUUUUUUGUAUUACCUUGGGAGUACAAUGUCAUGAUGCUUAUUUCAUUGAAAGCAACAUUUUUUUUUACUAAUUAAUGCAGACAGACUCCAAAGGAUUAAUGAUUGGAGUCGUGAUAUGUUGGAUCAAACGACCAUCUACCUUGGAAACAUUAAACAGCCACACUAAAACAUUGAUAAAUCCAAAAAUCACCUUGACUUUCUGGCGAGGAAAAGGCCAAUUAGUAUCAUCAGUAUGAAAUGGUACACAAUACACAUUAUUCAACCAAGCAUCCUUUGCCAAAUUGCCAAGUUGAGGAAAAAGAAAACAUAGAAAUAGAAAUGAAAAUGGAGAUUUCCAAUCAAAAAGUCUUUCUAUUCUGUAGUUUGAUUUUUUGUGAGAAGUGGUUGAUGACUGGGUUUUUUUUUUUUUUCCCCCUUUCUUUUGAGGUAAUUCCCUACCUAGAAUCCAACAAGACCAAGUGUAGUCAAUGACAUUCAGGUUAAAAAGGCCAGGUGUUGUUCCAUUGUUCAGUUUCUCUACUUGUGUCGCUUUAACCCUUUAACAUCAUGGAGAGAAAUGGUUCAGCAGAAGUUGAUUAGUAACCUAUCAUUUGCUUCAACAAAACACUUGUAAUAGGUAGAGGGUGACCAAUUACCUACGUCUCUUGUACUAAAAACAGACAUUUCAAUACUAGUCUAGACAAUUAUUUUAGAAUAGAAGUAGUGUAAUAACGUAAGAUGUAGCCUAGCUACUCCAGUUAAGCUGCAUUCUAUGUCGAGAACUUAUGGAGGUAAUGAUUUCUCAAUGAUUGUGUUAGUCAUGAGACCUUGAUAACAGGAAAGGUGGCUAACAAGGUACAAUCAUACAUAGUUUACUUGGAUUGUAUGACACUAAUGAAUUCAACCAUCAUCAAGGCAUUCGUGGCAAAAUUUCUCCUCGUGUUAGUUUGACACUUAAUUACUUGACACUCGUCAAGGGUCACCAAAAACAUUAUCAGCUACGGGCUACCUAUGGGUCCCUUGAUCCAAUAAACGAAACUGAAAUAAUUUUCAAUCAAAAAUUAAGAUUAAGAAUUGUGACAUGUCACCUAAUUUGCGAAGUUUUUAAGUGGUAAGGAGGUCCAAAUGGCUGAGUAGCCAGCCUCACAAGUCACAACAUUGAUUGUUGUCUCUCAUCCUGCUAAGAAAUCGAGUCCAUUCGUAACAACACUGAUCAAAGAAACAAACUCAGAAUGACCCACUUAAUUUAAAGACACAGGAAACAGGUGGUUUCUUUCUUUGCGAAAGUUGAAAAAUAAGCCAGAGAAUCAAUUUCAACAAAUACCGUGUGCAGUUUUCAAAGGGUUAUUAUCUGUGUUUUUUUGAAACUGGUUGAUUUGGGUCACAACACUUUAGUCCAGCAGCAUCUUUCUUUGUAAUGAAUGUUGCUGCAAUGAAGAAUCAUCAUACAAUAAAUAGGUGAGUACCUUUUUCAACACAAUCUCAAAGCUCAUUCCAUUCUCUGAGAUAAAUUCUUUCCCCUUUAUCAGCUAGCACAGUUUGCUCUUCUUCUUUCAGAUCCUUGUCUUUCAUUUCUUUCUAUCUUUCAGUUAGCGAGACUCGAAUUCCCGACUUUUUUAAAAUGAGCGGCGCACCAAGCGCUAGCAUUGUGUUUCUGUUAUGCAUAUUCAUAAGAAAGAAAAAGGUUGAGGGUUCAAAGACCAACUGAAGCACUGAACUUGGCCUUCUUUUUAUAGACGGAAUAAUCCCACAAAUUCCAAAGAAUAUUACUUGGAUCUCCAAUAUAUAUCCAUUCUUGGAGGGGAAAAAAUGAGUGUCACCUUCUAUAAUUUAGUCGGACCCAUUGGCACCGUCCAUUAUAUUUUUUAUGUGUGUUCUGCAUCUCUACAUUCCAGAUUUUUUCUUGUUUUCUAUUGGUUGGGCUGCUGCGAAAAUUCGGUUAAUGGUCGUCAUGCUUUACUGCUACACUAAGAAAAUGAUCCACAUUCCACACAACAAAUAGUAAUGGUACAUAGUCCUUCAUUACAUUGCAUCCGAUGCAGGGUGUUCACUUAAGUUUUGUAAAGUUUCAUGACAAUCAUUUGAUCAAAACGGAGUCCGAUAUUAAACACAGAGUUGUAGUAAAUCCCAUAUCCAAGA